AUGCCUCGAUCAUUGAGGCGUUGCGCAGUAUCCGUGAGACGCCGAGCGAAGGAGGCGGCAUUGAGGGAGGAGUCAAGGGUGAUGUCUUGGAAGGAUGGGGGCUUGAGGGGCGGGUUCGGUCGGGAGUGGUGGGGCGUCAGGGGGGGAGGAGCCUGGGAGCGGGGGCGGGGUGGGAGGGAGGCCGUGAGGCGUUUCGAGGACGACAUCAAGGAGGUAAUAAUCUCCCACUCGAACGGAGCCAAGGUACGUGAAGAGGCUCUCUUCAACGACACCCAAUUGACUGCGGUGGUGCCGUUGAGGAGCUCGAGUUUGUCUAUUGAGACGAGCUCAAGUGACGAAGGUUCGUCCGCCAUGACGAGUGAGGGAGGGAGGGAGGAGGGGAGGGUGGAGGUGCUAGAGGUGACGACACUGUCCGGAGGGACGGCGCGGUCAGUGGUGGAGAUGAGCUGCGUGCUGUCCGCAGCUGGUUACUCCCCCGCCUGGUCGCGUUCGCGGCUGCUGCCUGCGUCCGCAGCGGCCGCCCGCGCCCGCGCUCGCCCUGUCCGCGGCGGCCGCCCGCGCCCGCGCUCGCCCUGUCCGCGGCGGCCGUCCGCGGUCGUCGCGUCCGCGGCGGCCGCCCGCGCCCGCGCUCGCCCUGUCCGCGGCGGCCGCCCGCGCCCGCGCUCGCUCUGUCCGCGGUCGUCGCGUCCGCGGCGGCCGCCCGCGCACGCGCUCGCCCCGUCCGCGGUCGUCGCGUCCGCGGCGGCCGCCCGCGCCCGCGCUCGCCCCGUCCGCGGUCGUCGCGUCCGCGGCGGCCGCCCGCGCCCGCGCUCGCCCUGUCCGCGGCGGCCGUCCGCGGUCGUCGCGUCCGCGGCGGCCGUCCGCGGUCGUCGUGUCCGCGGCGGCCGCCCGCGCCCGCGCUCGCUCUGUCCGCGGUGGACGUUCGAGGCGAGGAGAGGAGCGCCGAGAUGGCGUGAGAGGCACGGCAGAGCCGGCGGACGUGCGCUAAGUAGCGCGAGGGGCGAGGCAGAGCCGGGGAGAGGUGCGCUUAAGUGGCGCGAGAGACGCGGCAGGGCCGGGGAAAGGUGCGCUAGGUGGCGCGAGAGGUGCACUAAGUGGCGCGAGAGGUGCGCUAAGUGGCACGAGAGGUGCGGCAGAGCCGGCGAGAGGUGCGCUAAGUGGCGCGAGGGGUCCUAG